ACUUAUUUAGAAGUUUACAAACAUUGCUGCUAUGUCAUAUCAAAAAGUCCAUGCUACUUUAAAAGAAUAACUGAUAAUGAUGAUUUAAUUUUUCUGUAAUUUUUCAAAAUUAAAUUAGUACCCAUGGGAUUAUUUGGUAAAAACGAAAAACCCCCUAAAGAACAGGUUCGAGAAUGGACCUCAAAAUUACGAAAGGAACAAUUCCAGUUAGACCGGCAGAUAAGAGCUAUUAAGCGUGAAGAAGAUAAAGUAAAGAAAUCCCUUAAAGAUGCUGCAAAAAGGGGUGACACAGAUGUUUGUAAAGUUCUUGCUAAAGAAAUAAUUCGAGCACGUAAAGCCAUUAAUCGUAUUCAUACCUCAAAAGCUCAAAUCAACUCUGUUCAGAUGAGCAUGAAUCAUCAGCUGGCUACAUUGCGUGUUGCUGGCUCUUUAGAGAAAAGUACAGAAGUGAUGAAACACAUGGAGAAACUAGUUAAAAUUCCUGAAAUUUCACGGACUAUGCAAGAAAUGUCAAAGGAGAUGAUGAAAGCUGGCAUUAUAGAAGAAAUGAUUGAAGAUACACUUGAAGGCUUAGAUGAUCAAGAUGAACUUGAAGAGGAAGCACAGGAAGAGAUUGAUAAAGUUUUGUGGGAGUUAACAGCAGGUCAACUUGGAACUGCACCAGCUGCUGUAUCAGAAUCAUUGCCUGAAACUGAAGUUGAAGGAGCAACUGCUACUACUUCUAAAACGGAAGAUUUUGCUGAUAUGCAAGAAAGACUUGAGGCUCUUAGAAGUUAAUAAUUCGCAUGUUUUCAGCAAUAUGCUUCAAUAAUAAAGUGUACCUUAGACGUUCUCUGCAGCAAUUACAUCAAAGCAAACUUAAAAAUUUAGAUAUAUAUUUAAUUAUUUUCUUAAAUUCUGUAAAAUGUUCAUUACUUGUCAUGUUCUUCAGUGUAAAUUUAGAAUUUUAUAAGGGAUUUUGGAUGUUAUGUAAUUUGUUGAUAAAAUGCUUAAUCUAA